GUAGAUGUGUUGCUUACGACUUACAAUAUGGUGGGUUCGAAAGCAGAAGAUCGAAAGUUUUUUAAACGCUUUCGGAUAAAUUAUGUUAUAUAUGAUGAAGGCCAUUUGUUGAAGAAUUGUAGUACCGAUCGGUACAAAAAUCUCAUGAAAGUUUAUGGUGAAAGGAAAAUUUUACUAACGGGUACACCUCUGCAAAACAACCUCGUCGAACUCAUCUCGCUAAUGUAUUUCACAAUGACCGAACUUUUCACGAAGUAUUGCGACGAUAUUGGACAGCUUUUGCAACAGUUUCAGCAGAAGAUACCAGCUCUGGAAGCAAAAAGUGGCGCGUUGUAUGAAGCUGAUAAAAUCGAGCAAGCAAAGGCUAUCUUGCGGCCAUACAUUUUGAGAAGGCUGAAGCAAGAUGUUUUAAGUUGUUUGCCGAAAAAACACGAUACCGUGGUCAGAUGUGCAAUGAUUCCGGAACAGAAAGAGAUCUAUGUGGAUUUAGUUCGUGAGUUCCGUGAAUUGGAACUGAAUGGCGAGAAGUACACCUCAAGUCGUCUCAUGCAGCUGCGGCAGAUAGCAAAUCAUCCUCUGCUCUAUAGGCGCUUCUAUCAAGAUGAGAAAGUUAUUCAAAUCGCCAAAGUUUUAUGCGCAAAGGAAAAUGAAUAUCGCAAGAAGAAUUCUGACCACGUUGCCGAGGAUCUUGCUUUCUUAUCAGAUUUUGCGAUCAGCCAGUUAUGCUCAAAAUAUACGUCCACACAAAAAUUUUGCCUCGAUGAAGCAGUGGCUGUUGAUUCCGGAAAAUUUAGAGAACUGGAUAAGCUCCUACCUUCAAUAAAAGAUAAAGGUGAUAAAGUAUUGAUAUUCAGCCAGUUCACGUCAAUAAUGGAUAUUCUGGAAGUGUACCUCAAGUUACGGAAUUACAAAUAUUGUCGUCUAGAUGGAGCUACUCCAGUUAUGGAGAGGUGA